UGGCGUUAUGGCAGGAGUCGUGAGAUCUUCAUUACAUCGUUCCGCUUCGAGAGAUUGAAAGAUCAAUUCGAGCGGAUGCAUGUAGAGCGUCUGAUCUCCAUCUUCAUUGCUUUGUCCGCGGAAAUCGAACGAUUCUUUAGGGUAGAAGUUCCAACGUGUUUAACCCAAACCCUGGAAAUUCGCCGCCCCUGACAGCGGUGAUGAUGAAAUGCUCCAUCGUUUGUAGUCCAACUGUCAAUGGUUGUUCAUCUGAGACAACAUAAUCAAAAUGCCGACUGAUCAAGGAGACAAGAGAGAUGAUGAGGAAGAGGUGUACAGAGUCCUUGUUACAGGCGCAAACAGCGGUCUUGGAUUUUCAAUCUGCUGUCGUGUAAUUGACGAGUUUCUCGAGACGAGACCUGCCUCACAUUCACUGCAUAUCCUCUUCUCUACGCGAGAUGUCAAGAAAAGCGACGACACACAGCGACGUCUCCGACUGCACCUGGACCACACCGUGUACAAGUCUCACAACAAACGACCUCUGACCAGCGUCGCUCGAAUCAAACUGGAAGGGGUCCAAGUCGAUCUCCUCCGCUUCACAACCAUCAAGGCGCUCGCAAAGCAAUUACUCCAGCGCGGCCAACAACUCGAUGCCGUAGUCUGGAACGCAGGUAUCGCCAAUUGGCGCGGCCUGAACUGGUUAUCCGCGACAUGGCUCGUCCUCACCGAUCUCGUGCACACCACGACCUAUCCCUCCUACAUGCUCUGCGAAGUCGGUCUGCUCGCCAAACCCCAGCUCGCCGACUCGAAAUCCGACGCGAAAUCCAUCUCCUCAUCUCAAACUCCCCCGGAUGACUCAGAACCUCGCGUCGGCCGCAUCUUCGCCGCCAAUGUCUUCGGCCACUAUCUCCUAACCCACUGGCUGCGACCCUUGUUCACCUCGCAAACCCGAAUCAUCUGGACAUCCAGCAUCACCGCUCUCACCGAGACCUUCUCCCCCGCAGAUAUCCAGAGUCUGACCAACGAGCCUUCUUACGAAGGCUCCAAGCGUCUCACCGACCUACUCGUUCUAACCUCCGAAUUACCUUCCACAGCAAGCUACCUAGACUCCUUCCUCCCUGUAUCGUCAUCUGCAGCAGAAAAGAAGGGUAAAGUGGAUGCCCGCCCGAAGAUGUUCGUCACCCAUCCCGGCGUCGUGGGGACUUCCAUCGCCGAUUUGAACCCCGUCAUGGCCUUUUUCAUGGUUCUCGUCUUCUACAUCGCGCGCUGGCUGGGGAGUCCCUGGCAUGGAAUCACGCCGUACAAAGGCGCGGUGGCUGUUGUCAAACUCCUCCUCAGUCCAACUCCAUCAUCGUCCUCGGGAGGCGAUGGUGGCCAAGACGACAUCAUCCACUCCGAAUCAAUCUCCGGGAAGGGCAAAUGGGGCUCGGCAGUAAAUGUUUGGGGCCAGGAAUAUGUAGGUCGGACAGAGGUCGAAGGGUGGGGAUUUGGGGGUAAAAUUGGCGAGACUCCGCCGGGAAGUGUGACAGGUUCCCUGGGCAGAUUCCGGGGAUGGAAAGAGCUCACGGAGGAAGGGAGGGUGGAGUUUGAGGAGCAGGGCAGGCAGGCGUGGAAGGAGAUGGAGGCGAUGAGAGUGGAUUGGGAGAGGAGGUUGGGCGAGGUCGAUUAGUGGGAGAGUUGGGAAAUAUCCGCUGGAGGGAGCAUUGCACAUGCUGUGUAGGUUAAAGAUGGGGUCGAUUUAUGCCUUCCCGAAUAACAAAAACACCACUGAACGAAAGGACUCCGCAGAUGACAAGAUUGUCGUGAAUGACGGGAGCGGGAAAGGCGUGUGUGUGCGUAUCUGCGAGGUAAACCUGGCAAGGGAAAGACAACAGAAUUUGCAUCCAGCCCGUGGCUCAUGCUAUCAAGAAUUCGGUGCGCGGAAGAAAAGAGUAUCGCUCUCGGAUCAUGUCGAUGUCAUCGGGGUCUGUGAAACGAC